UUAAUAAGGACCGUUGGCUACACCAACCGAAUGCUUCAAGCUACAACGGCGUGAACAAACGCUACACGAAAAGUCUGAAACAUGUAAUCUCAAGCUGUCAUUCUUCUGUCAAAAAGGUCCAGUUAACUGUGGUGACAGUUUAAUGCAAACCGAACUUAGUCUCAACUUUACAAUAGACAGUGGAAGUUAUGACAUAAAUUGCAUAUGGAGGAUAGAGGGAGUUGACAACACUGUCAUUCGAAUUGACAUUUCGUUUGACAUAGAAGAAUGUCCAGAUUGUGAAUGUGACAGUUUGAAGAUUUACGACGCACCAUUGACAAAUGGACCACCAAAUAAAACAGUGUGCGGGUCCGGACAGGUGACAUUUAAUUCAACCCAAAAAGCAAUGGCAAUAGUGUAUACUUCGGAUAGGUCCGAACAAGGAACGGGAUUUCAAGCUAAGUGGAAUUUUGUGUCAUUGCCUAGCAAGUCGAACACAUCAACGCCUGCAGAAAGCACGACAAAGUCAGGAACUGGAUCGGAAGAUGUGUCGCCGUUUUCUUCGGGUUUGAUUGGAGGAAUUGUCGCCGCUGCCGUGGUGAUUACCGCAUCCCUAAUAGUGUGUGUCGUUGUCAUACGACGAAAAUGUAAUGGCACUCAGGAGACGGAAAGUAACUACCAAGUGUUGAACAUGAGACCAGUAGGCGCAAUUAGUGGAAAUCCGCUAGAUCAGGAUGAACAUUUGUAUCGCACAUGUUCGAACACCGAACAGCUUCCAGAACCCCGAGAUGCUGCGACUAGUAAUCCUGUCGCCAUUGAAUGUGAUCGCCAGUUGCCCAUUUCCAUACGUAACACCAAUGAUAAUGUUUACUACAACACUCGCGGAGAAGAGGCUCAAUAUGACUAUUGCGCUUAAAUUUCGUUUCCAAUGUCUAAAUACUAAUUGAGUGUACAUAUGUUAUAGCACAAGUGUAGUUUAUUAAACUACACGUGAAGAGUUAAUAUUUAAAACUUGCCAUGUGCAUGGAAGUCUUACCUUUUCCAGCUUGUAUUGUGGCACGAUAGCAUAUAAAGAGGAACGCAUAACACGUGUCAUAGUUUUACGUAGUUUUUUCCCUUACGCUGUAUGCACCUUUGUGUAUGAUUAUAUCUUUUUUCAACAAUAUUGUUUAUAAUGGUAGCUUUAUGAACUGCUAUAGACAGACGUGAUGCGAAUGUUUCAACAUUUUUAAAUAGCUAUGAUACAAUAACAUUGUGUAAAUAUAUUUUGGCAAAUAUUUGGCAUGCGAAAUCAAUGAAUAUGUCAUUUUAUAGAUACGCUUAUGUUUAAAAGUGCACUUAUUUGCUAUUUAUUUUGUAUAAUAAAUUUAUAUAUUGCAAAUAUUUUACAAUAAUACUGAUUUUCUUAUUACGAGCAAACCACAUGACAAAUAUAUCACUUUUUCUGCGUUAUCACAUAGAACGUUUUGAUACCAACACAGUUAAAUUUCCUUUAAAGUUUUACAUAAUUUAAAUUGUCAUCACAUUUAUUUUAAAUUCAGACUGGAAUACUUCAUAACAUAGAUGGCUAGUCGUCCCUAUAAUGACUGUUUGUGCUAAACGUAAUGUCAAUGGCAGCUUAUAAAAUGGAUAUGUGAUAAAGCAGUAUGAUUAAAACAAAAUAUAUUUAUGAUAUUGUUGACAUAUUGUUAUUCUUAUAAAAUAAAGCAAAUCGUCAAAAUCAAUUUUGACGUCGAUUUAGAAUACACAAAAUGUAAAUAUAAUUUAGAAGUUUUCUGCAUGCGUGAUCAUAUUUGUGAACUUGAUUUAUGUUCGAACAUUGGUCAGAUAGAUUUUUGUUAAUGUUUGGUCUGUCUAUUCGAAGAAAUCAUGUGAAACGCUAGUGUUUUUCAUUGUCGUCAUUUCAUAAUUAACAUUUAUUGUUUAAAUGCAUAGGCUAAAACUUUCAAGUUUCUUGAUAAUAACUUAUUGCAUUUAUUAUAUUAAUCGGUUAGCAUAUAUAUAAUGCAAACUAAACGAAGCUAUUGAAGCAUAACAACACCAGUUAAAAUGUGCAUGGAUUUCUUGGAUUACAUUUAUAGGUGAAGACUUAAAAUUAGCAUAAUACUAAUUGUUGCACGUAUGUAUGUUUUCUUUGCUCUUAUAUUUGAUUUGUAAUAUUGAUGAUAUUGUAUGCAAAUUAUCUUUAUUUGUUUUAAUGUAUGAAAAUGCAUUAUAUAUUUUG